CCCGUGGAACGACUAGGGUUUCUCGCUGUUUCGUUGGGCCGCUGUCUCUCUCUCGCACCGUCUCUUGUCGAACCACUCUCGUCGGCGGAAAUGGUGAAGGGGCGACAGGGCGAGCGCGUCAGGUUGUACGUUCGUGGGACAAUCCUCGGAUACAAGAGGUCGAAGUCGAACCAGUACGAGAACACCUCGUUGGUUCAGAUCGAGGGUGUGAACACGAAGGAAGAGGUCGCCUGGUACUGCGGCAAGAGGAUGGCGUACAUAUACAAGGCGAAGACGAAGACCAAGGGGACGCGGUACCGGUGCAUAUGGGGCAAGGUCUGCCGCCCCCACGGGAACAGUGGAGUGAUUCGCGCCAAGUUCAAGUCCAACCUCCCGCCUAAAUCCAUGGGUGGAAAGGUCAGGGUUUUCAUGUACCCCAGCAACAUAUGAGGUGAAUUGGUGCAAUAGAGCAGAUGUUUUCUGGCAGCUGUAGCUCGGAUUUUUUAGUGGGACCGGAGGAAAAAGCGAAUUCCAAGUUGGUGUUGCAGUUAUUUAAGUUUUGAUUAUUUUCUAUUUAUGUGUUCUUUCUUGUCGGGGAACUUGAACAUUAUUUACUAUUUGAAAAUUCUAUUUUCCAAAUAUGGAUGAUGACUUUAUAAA